AUGCGAACACUCUACGCGGGUCUCGGAGACGGCGCAAAGCUUCUUGACUACCUUCCCAAGGAUUUUGUUGUCGGUGUCGGUUCAAGCGAUGCCUGGAAGGGCUACGCUCCCUGCAGGAUUGAGUUCGGUUCCGUCAAAGACACAAAGGGCUUCCAAACCAAGAUCUUUGCCUAUCUAUCGAACUCAGCACGCUCGAGGGAUCUUCCUGAGAUUCACCUGCGCAGUCGCCACAAUUCUCGCAGCGGCUCGAAUAUCUUUUCCUUUGAGGAAGUCAUGGCCUUACGCGACCUUCCUGCUGUGUUCAAACCUGUCAAAGACUUGACGUCGACCCCCUUGAAAGCUCUAACUCAUUGUCUAUUCAUGCUUCAUGGCGCUUCGUAUGCUGCGGACGCUAUCUUACCGAAAAGCUUCUUCACUGGCCUACGCGAUGCCUGCCACCUGUACAAGAUUGUUGCAGGUAGGAAUAACCAUGAUCAGUCCCCAGACGUUGCUCCCAAAGAUGCAGCGGGCUAUGGAGAAGCGGAUGUCUCAUUGCAGAGCCGCCAGACAAGCGUUGCGCCAACAAGAUCGCCUGCACCUCCCGUAGUCAUCGCACCAAAACGCGCGGCGGAUGUGAACAUUGCCCUCAAAGCAGCGAAUGGGAUGACUCUCGCACAAAUGGGACCACAGGCACAUCUAACAGCUCCGACAGAUGCCAUCGAUGCUAAGCGGCUUGAAUAUAAGGAAGCUGAUAUGAAGAGCCUCCAGACCGCCAGCAAGGCCGAACAUGAGGCUUUGAAAAAAAGGCAUAUGGCUGAAGAGCGCGCACUGGUCGAGCGACACGUCCAUGAGCACGAAGCCGCUCGACAAGGUCGUCCAGAAGUGGACCUUGCAUUCCACCAGAACGGGAAGGCGGAGUUCGAAAAGAGGCAGGCUUUGUUGGAGGAAGCAGUGGGUAUUCGAGGUGAGAGCGACGGCGUGCUCAGGGAAUCGCUUACCUCCGAUUGGUUUGCUCGCGUCCAUGCCACUAUCGGAGAUCCGACUAUGGCAGAGCAGGCAGAAGCAGGAGACGAUGAGGCUGUUGAAUGA